CAUAUCACUGUUCUGUUCCUGUUGUUCAUGUUUGCAUUACGUAAUCAUAGCUCACUGCUGACAAUGUCAAAAUAGAAUCUAAGUCGGCAAAAUUCCUGCACUCUGUACAAAGAUAGUUCAGACAAAAAUCAACUGUUUCCUGAUAUCUAAUUAAGAAUCAGUAAUCACAAUCCAUAUUAUUCAUGCAUAUUUAUAGCUUCUGUACUUCUAGCUUUUGCCAAUCUUGCUAUUGUGAAUUUUCUGCAACAGGGGCUUAAAUUCCAGCUACCAAUGGAUAAAGCUGAACUUAUUGAAGGGAAGGUGGAUUGGAGAGGAAAAACAGCACAGAAAGAUAAACAUGGUGGAUCUCGUGCUUCUUUACUCAUUUUAGGGGCGUUUACUUUCGAGAACAUGGCAACGAUGGCUUUGGCAGUUAAUCUAGUGACAUACUUUACUGAGGUGAUGCACUUCAACAUAGCCGAUGCAGCGAACCAAUUGACAAAUUACAUGGGCACUAGCUACAUUCUUACCAUCCUCAUGGCCUUCUUAGCAGACACUUACAUUGGCAGAUUCAAAACAGUUCUUGUGGCAACAUGCAUCGAGGCUUUAGGGCUUGGAUUGCUAGCAUUGCAAGCUCACUAUCGUCAUCUCAAGCCCCCCCUCUGCAACAUCUAUGAUCCAAACUCCAAAU